AGAACCAAUAGAGGAAGAAAGCACCUUUCGACGCCGUUCUAGUUUUCCGAUACCCUCAGCUUCUCCGACACCAAUCCUUAAUCUUUGCUCCUUUGUUUUGGUUAUACUAGUUUCUUCGUCUCUAAAGAUUAGAUUUUUAAGUUUUGAAUAGAAAGCGAUAUGUCAGAGAAGUUUUCACCGACUUUGAGGCUCGGAGAUCUCAACGAUUUCAUUGCUCCGUCUCAAGCUUGUGUCAUAUCUCUUAAGGACUCAAAACCCAUCGUCAAGAAGUCUGAUCGACCCCAGGUUGUGAUUGCCCCAAAACAGCAGCUUGAACCGGUUAAAAUUUCUCUCAAGGAUUGCUUGGCUUGCAGUGGAUGCAUCACAUCAGCUGAGACAGUUAUGCUUGAGAAGCAAAGCUUAGACGAGUUUCUCUCUGCUCUUAGCAAAGGCAAGGACGUGGUUGUGUCCGUUUCUCCACAGUCGAGAGCUUCCCUUGCGGUUCACUAUGACAUCUCUCCUCUUCAGGUUUUCAAGAAGCUUACUACGUUUUUGAAGUCUCUGGGAGUUAAAGCUGUGUUUGAUACUAGCUGCAGUAGAGAUUUGGUACUUAUUGAAUCUUGUAAUGAGUUUGUGAGCCGUUAUAAGCAAGCUAAUUCUGAUGAUGGUGAAAAUUCUCAAUCCCCUCUCCCUGUGCUUUCCUCUGCCUGUCCUGGUUGGAUUUGUUAUGCUGAAAAGCAGCUUGGCUCAUAUGUUCUGCCGUAUGUGUCUUCUGUUAAGAGUCCUCAGCAAGCUAUUGGAGCUGCGAUCAAACACCAUCUGUGUCAAGCAUUAGGACUCAGGCUGCAUGAGGUGUACCAUGUGACUGUGAUGCCCUGUUAUGAUAAGAAACUCGAGGCAGCAAGAGAUGAUUUUGUCUUUGAUGAUGGAACACAAGAUAAUGGAGACCUUAAGCUGACAGAAGUUGAUUCCGUGCUAACAACGGGUGAAAUCAUGGAUUUAAUAAAGUUGAAAGGAGUUGACUUUAAAGAUUUGGAGGAAUCUCCACUUGACAGAGUGCUGACGAAUGUUACUGAGGAAGGAGAUCUUUAUGGUGUAGCUGGGAGUUCUGGUGGUUAUGCAGAAACAAUAUUCAGACAUGCGGCAAAAGCACUAUUUGGACAAACUAUUGAAGGUCCUCUGGAGUUUAAAACUCUCAGAAAUUCUGAUUUCCGUGAAGUGACUCUUCAAUUGGAAGGUAAAACAGUGUUAAAAUUUGCGCUGUGUUACGGUUUCCAGAACCUCCAGAAUAUUGUUCGGAGAGUGAAAACGCGCAAAUGCGAUUAUCAGUAUGUAGAGAUUAUGGCGUGCCCUGCAGGUUGCCUAAAUGGUGGUGGGCAGAUCAAGCCAAAGACAGGACAGUCCCAGAAAGAACUGAUCCACUCACUGGAAGCUACUUAUAUGAAUGAUACUACUUUGAAUACAGAUCCAUACCAGAAUCCAACGGCGAAGAGAUUAUUCGAGGAGUGGCUUAAAGAGCCUGGUUCCAACGAGGCGAAGAAGUACUUGCAUACUCAGUACCAUCCGGUCGUGAAAAGUGUUACGUCGCAGCUCAACAACUGGUAGACCGUAGACAAACUGGAAGUGUUCAAAUUUUUUGACUGACAAGGCAACAAAAACGGUUCUAUAUUGUGUAUUUAGAUAGGAGAUAAGUGUGAAGCUUUCUGCUCAAAUCUUUAUAUGUAAAAGACAAAUCUCAACAUUACAUAUAAGGAAAAUUACACGAUCCUACUAA